AUGACCCUGGUAUUGAAUCGGCUAUAUCAUGGUUACUUUUGGAUUUUCGAUGAAUUAUCAGAUCCGAGGUCUUCGCAUAUACUCCUGAGUUCACCACUCAGUGUUUUGGCGGUAACUUUUGCAUACCUUCACAUUGUUAGAGUGAUAGGACCCAAAUUAAUGGAAAAUAGACCACCGUAUGAUAUAAAGAAUGUAAUUUUACUGUACAAUGCAGUACAAAUUCUAGUGAAUACAUAUAUUUCAAUCAAAGCUGCUAGACAUGUACUCAAAAAUCCAUUUGGAUGUCUGGACCUCGACUGGAGUGAUGACCCAGAAGCCAUGGAUCAACUAUUCAUAAUGAAUAUCUUCUUCCAUACGAAAUUAUUGGAUCUUGUAGACACAGUAUUCUUCGUGCUGAGGAAAAGCUACAGACAAGUGAGUUUCCUCCAUCUAUACCAUCAUUCCGGCAUGACUAUAUUGAUGUGGUUUGGAAUUCGAUUUUUCCCUGGUGGAAUGAGCCUUUGGAUUCCCAUGAUCAAUGGUUUCGUCCAUGUGGUGAUGUUUAUCUACUACUCCUUGACUGCCCUCGAUAGCAGUUGGAAGCAGAGCAUUGCUUUCAAGAAGCGACUAACGCAAAUACAAUUGUUACAAUUCAUCAUCAUCUUGACUGUGUGUAUAGCCAUAGUUUUCAGUGAUUGCAGUUAUCCCAAGUUAGCUGGUUUAAUGCUCAUACCACAAAAUCUGUUCAUCACGAUAUUGUUUGGAGAUUUUUAUUUGAAAACAUAUGUGUUCAAUAAGAAGAGUUCAAAAAGCACUGCAUAACUUUAUAUGUCAAAACAUAUUUGGAUUACAUUUCUCAGUUCAGAUUAUAUAAAUCAUAA